AUCGAGUAAAUCGUGCCCGAUCGAGGAACACGGAAGAAACAAUAAAGAAACUCGCGAAGAGAUGGUCGAGCCACACCGGGAGCAGCGUCGAGGUUUCUCGUGGAGCACGCUCGCGGAUAUGGAAGCAUGAGAACGUCGCACGUGCUGGCUUCCAGAGCGGAUUGAAGGCAGCAGAUCGAUCGGGUUCUAUCUAGAUCAGUAGCUGAACAAGAGGAUACCCCGUUCCGAGACGAUGUAUCGGCCGAAUUUCUACGAGAGCACGUGUCUGAGAUGCGCUCAGACCGUGUACCAGGUGGACAGAGUUGGUCCGCUGAAGGAUUUCACCUUCUUUCACGCGGGUUGCUUCAAAUGUGCGAUCUGCGGUACCAAGUUGACCCUGAAGACCUAUUACAACAACCAGCACACGAUCAAUGACAAAGAGGUGUACUGCAGCAGUCACGUACCGAAACCGGGUCCGGGAACCUUGGACGGGUCCUGCGUGGGCAUCAGGAGCGCCCUGAACGUGCCCAGGAGCGGUUACGUCAACGAGCAGAUCAGAGCUGGCGGCGCGUCACCCCGAGGGGUUUAUCCGCCUUGCUACGAUAAUGUAGACUCGCCUAAUUGUGCCAGGCACCUGAACGGACACGGUUCACCACCAGCCACGAAUUCCUCGCAACGGGACGUCCACGGGAACUCGGCAGGAGGAGGAGGAGGAGGAGGUGGAUCCUCGCCGUACAACCAUAAUUAUUCCGGGGACGGAAGCUACCAGUAUGGCAGAUUCGAUGCGAGCGCCCUUCACAUCGCCCAUGCCCUUAAGCAGACCGAGCUACAAAAGGGUUACAGCAAGGCACGCGAGAAACCCAUCGAUUAUUAUCUGGAUCGGGAUGAGCAAACGCGUUUGGAGAUGAAACAUCGCAAAGAAGAGGACGAUUUGUAUCGGAAGUUUGCUCAUCAUCGCGAGGAGGAGGACAGACGGAUUCGAGAAGAAUUCAGGGACGAAUGGGAGAAGGAAUUGGAACAGCUAUCGGCAAGAUGGGAACGCGAAAAAGGCGGAAGAGUUCGUACCCAACAGUUCCAACAAGAGAAGGAGGACUUGGAGAAGAACAUGACUCUCCGCAGGGACAAGAAGAAGGAAAGUCUUACGCGCAAAAUGUUGGAGCACGAACGGGCCGCGACCGCGGCGUUGGUGGAGAAACAAAGCUCGGAGAUGUUGGAGCUAAUCAACGAGGCGAGAAGCGAAUAUAUGCGUCAGGAGAGCCUGUAUCUCGACGAAGGGGAUGGUUAUACCCAGGAAGCACCGCCUAUGCCUUAUCCGUCGCGAGCACCACCCCCGCAACCUCCAGCCCUAGCCAAGUAUCACAUCUACAAUGAUCCUCUGGAGUUUGCUGACAUGGAUCAGAUAGCUAUUUCGGUAGCUCAAGAAGACCAGAAAACGUUCACGGAUUUAGUGCGACAGUUGGUGAGCAGAUGCGGAUCGGAUAUAGAAAAAGCUAGGACAAUAUUCCGAUGGAUCACCGUGAAGAAUUUGAACACCAUGCAGUUCGACGAGAAUCUGCGAGGAGACACGCCUAUGGGUUUGCUCCGGGGGAUCAAACACGGGACGGAAAGUUACCAUGUUCUCUUCAAACGACUGUGCAGCUACGCAGGUUUGCAUUGCGUGGUGAUAAAGGGUUACAGCAAGUCGGCCGGGUAUCAGCCAGGGGUUUGUUUCGAAGACAAUAGAUUCCGUAACAGUUGGAACGCGGUUUACGUAGCUGGUGCGUGGAGAUUCGUUCAGUGUAACUGGGGGGCACGACAUCUCGUCAAUGCCAAAGAAGUUCCUCGUCCUGGUCAACCGAAGGCCAAGAACGAUAGUCUCAGAUACGAAUACGACGAUCAUUACUUCCUGACCGAUCCACGCGAAUUCAUAUACGAGUUCUUCCCUCUUCAAGAGGAAUGGCAAUUGCUGAAGCAACCGAUUUCUCUCAAAGACUUCGAAGAACUGCCUUUCGUCCGAUCGUUGUUCUUCAGGUACGGUCUUUACUUUCCGGAUACGAACACGAAUGCCGUUAUGUACACGGAUUCAACGGGUGCUGCGACCGUCAGGAUAGCCAUGCCGGCACACAUGCAGUCGUCCCUGAUUUUCCACUACAAUUUGAAAUUUUACGACAACGACGGCGACGGAUACGACGGUGUGUCGUUGAAGCGAUUCGUCAUGCAGUCUGUCGUUGGGAAUAUAGUCGCGUUCCGGGUACACGCCCCAUGUUCGGGGGCUUUUCUUCUCGAUAUAUUCGCAAACGCUGUAACGCCCAAAGAAUACUUAACCGGCGAGCCCAUGAAGUUCAAGAGCGUGUGCAAAUUUAAGAUCGCCUGCGAGGAAUUGCAAACAGUUAUGGUGCCAUUACCAGACUGUGCGAGCGGGGAAUGGGGUCCCACGAAAGCCACCAGACUGUUUGGCCUCAUACCGAUUACUCAUCAGGAAGCUUUGGUGUUUGCUGGUCGCGAAUUAGAGAUUCAAUUCCGAAUGUCGAGACCCUUGACCGAUUUCAUGGCGACGUUGCAUAAAAAUGGAAUCGAAGAGAAACGAUUAUCCAAAUACGUGGCGCAUUCGAUCGCCGACGACGACAUGGUAACUUUCUUCAUCAACUUCCCAGAAGAGGGUCAAUACGGUCUGGACAUUUACACCAGGGAAUCGACCAGCCCCGCCAAUGUACCUCACGACAUCACCGGUGAAAAACAUUUACUCACGCAUUGCUGCAAAUAUCUGAUCAAUUCCAGUAACAGGAAUUAACAAGUAUCAUCUUGGAAGAUCAUCUCACGUGAUUAUGGACUAAAAGGUGCUGCAAGUUCUUUUCUCGAGUGACGUGUAAGAACUAAUUCGCGAGAUUAGCCUUUGCUUGCCAGUUAAAGUACACUUAAAGGUGACGAGCAUAAAAGGUGGUGUUGAAGAAAGCAAAGAAACGGUACAAUUGCUUCUUUCUUUUUUUUUUUUUUUUUUUUUUCAUUUUGAAAGGUGCAAAGAACUUUGAAAGACGUAAGAACAAUUCCGAGCCGACGCGCUACCUCCACGUUCUUUGUAGUUUAAUAACGAUAAGCCUGUUGUGCGAGUCUGGGUCGCGAUCGACCCGGCCAGCAUCGUUCGAGGGUUAAUCGUUCGUCGAUUUUUCCACGUUUCGAUCGUUUUGUAUCGUUUGUGUUUGUUCUCGCGGGAAAGUUGGCAAUUAAAAGUUAACCAGCUUUGCGGCUCCCUCUGACCGAAUUAAUCAAACUUUCUCGCCUGGGCUCGAAGCAUUAAUCCCAAUUAUCCCGAGCUCGUUUUAAUUCAAUCCCGGGGAUCCCGUUUUGUCCCGUUCGUUCGAGUGGUUGCACGGAAAUCGGAUCAACAAUUUAUUUGAUCGCACGAGGUGCUUUGUGUAUAUAAAGUAUGCACACGAUCGUUUCAAUUUUUUCUUAUUUUAAUAAAGUCGACAUUCUCCUUUCGGUGAAUACGCGUGCUUUUAUACUAUUUAACGAUGAUUCACGUGUAGCAUUCCUUUCUCUUUUGUUGCAAACGAUCGUUACCGCAAAAUUAUGCUUGUUCUCGAUGAUGAGGAUGAUAUCAUGGGAAUACGCGAUCUUUCAGGGAUCGUUUUAGGUGUAAAAGGCUUUUAAAAAUGUACAAUUUUGCGGCCACGAUGGUUUUUCAAGUUCAGGUGCUAUAUAUUGCUAGCUGCACGAUUCUAGUUAUUCCUUCUUUACAAAAAAAGCGUGGAAAUGCUAAAUUUUUUAUAUAUACAACCUAUGAAAAAUUUUUUUUGUUCAAGUAAUUUGUUCGAACGCUUUGGAAUUUCCACGUUUUUGAUAGUGUAAGAAUCACAAGUUACGUCGAGACCCAAGGAAAAUUGUUUCUAUCAUUAAUAGGCUAUAUAAUUGUUAAUUUUUGUAAUAUUAAUAUUAUUUUUCUUUGUCUUUGUUGUUAUUUGAAAUUAUAACGACGCUUGCGUAAGAAUGCUUUCUCGAUUCGCGUGGAAUAAAGUAUAACUCGAGCUUAAUAUUAUCUCAUUGUUUCUAUGUAACGAGCAUGUAAAUUAAUUUUUAUACAUAUUACAGAUGUGUAAUAACUCGUGUUAUUGUAAAAAAGCAAUUAAUAAAAUCUAAUUUUGUG